UCCCAUGGUUCUGAGUCUCUAUAAGACUAGCCGUCCAGCAGCGACCGUUUCCUGCUCUCUCUGACUCGCCUCUCCUCCGUCUCUCUAUCUGUCUGUCUGUGGAUCUCUGAGUGACAGCCAUCAUGUUCGUUGCUCCACCUGGCUACCAGCCCGUCUACAAUCCUAGUAUCCCCUAUGUGGGGCCGAUCUACGGCGGGCUGAGAUCAGGGAUGUCUGUAUACAUCCAGGGAGUCAUCCCUCACGAGAUCACCAGUUUCAACAUGAACUUGCAGUGUGGAGAAUCUGAGGGCAGUGAUAUCGGCUUUCACUUCAGCCCUCGCUUCGACAACUGGGACAAGGUGGUGUUCAACAGCUGCCAGGAAGGGGAAUGGGGUUCAGAGGAGGAGAUCCACAACAUGCCUUUUAGCAAGGGAGACGCCUUCGAGAUGGUUAUCAUCAUUAAGCAGGAGGGUUACCAGGUGACAGUGAACGGACAAGACCUUCACACGUUCAACUAUCGUAUUCCAGUGGAGAGAGUCAACGCCCUGCAGAUAGGAGGCGACGUUUCCAUCCAGACCAUCAGCAUCAUCGGGGGAGGAAAUCCUGGAGCUGAUCAAAUUGGGGGAAACCUGCCGGUCAUGGAUGGACAGACAAUAUUCAAACCUCCUGUCCCGUACUCCAGCAUGAUUCCAGGAGGGAUGUCUCCGAAGAAGACUAUCGUCAUCAGAGGCAUGGUGCCUCUAGGAGCUAACAGUUUCUCUAUUAACUUCAUGGUGGGCAGCUCACGAGACAUAGUGUUCCACCUAAACCCUCGUCUACAGGAGAGCGUGGUGGUGAGAAACAGUUUGAUUGGUGGGAGCUGGGACACGGAGGAGAGAGAGAUCAGCCUUAACCCCUUCCUGGAGGGACAGUACUUUGACAUGUCUAUCCGUUGUGGGAACCAGCAGUUCAAGGUGUUUGUGAAUGGGCAGCACAUGUGUGACUUCAUCCACCGCUUCCAGAAUUUCAGUGAGAUAGACACCCUGGAUGUGGAGGGAAACGUACAGAUCUCAUACGUACACUUCUGAGCUAAUACACACACACACAAACAAUACUACACACACACACACACACAAUACUACACACACUCAUACACACACACACACAAACAAUACUACACACACACACACACACACACACA